AUGGAUCUCGUCAACAGUCUCGAAGGCCGUCUUCUGUUUGCUGUUCCCAAGACUGCCGAUAUUCCCACCUUUGUUGGCGAAGGCCGUUGCGAUCUCGGAAUCACCGGAUGGGACCAAGUUCAGGAACACGAUGCUUCAGUUCGCGCCUACAACCAACUGCGACGCAGCUCAGUUGACCUGACUUCCACUGAGGACAAGGUUGCUGGCUCUGACAUGGUCAUGGAGCUGGGCUUUGGAAGCUGCAAGCUCCAGGUUCAGGUUCCCGAGAAGGGCCAGUACAAGACCCCCCAGGAUCUUGUUGGCAAGACCAUUGGGACUAGCUUUGUUCACCUUGCUGCCGACUACUUCCUCAAGCUCGAGCAGGGUGAGAAUGCCGACGGCGAGCUGUCGCCCCGUAAGAUGCGCACCAAGAUUGUAGAAUUGAGUGGCAGUGUCGAGGCUGCUUGUGCUCUCGGUGUUGCUGAGGGUAUCGUCGAUCUCGUUGAAUCCGGAGAGACUAUGCGAGCUGCUGGCCUCAAGGCCAUUGAUACUGUGGUUGACUCCACUGCCGUGCUCAUCAAGUCGAGAACGCCCUCCAACCCCGAGCUUAUCGACCUCAUCACUUCACGUAUCCGAGGUGUCAUUACCGCGAAGAGCUAUGUCCUUUGCCAGUACAACAUAGAGCGAAACCGUCUCGUCGAGGCAACCAAGAUCACCCCUGGGAAGCGAUCGGCCACAGUCACAACUCUCGAUGAGGAGGGCUGGGUUGCUGUCAGCUCCAUGGUUGAGAAGAAGAAGAUUGCUCUUGUGAUGGACGAUUUGACCCGACUGGGCGCUGAGGAUAUUCUUGUGCUCGAUAUUCACAACGCACGAUAAAUGGGGGCAAUCUAGACUGAACGACUGUACUGGAUCAGACAUGAGGGCGUUGGUAUGCAUAGGUCGGUACCGGUAGGCAUGGGUCUUAUAUGGGCAAAUGGCGCUUUGGAAAUUCAAUGGCUGACUGGAUAUGGGCUAAGACAAGUUAAAAUAGAUGGAGUAAAAACGUAUAGCUGUCUGGGAUACAUGUAGAUUCGCCAUGUUACCUUUGCUGU